AGGGGAUGGUUGAAGAGGAAAGGUGGGAAGGUGGAGAAGCUAUCUCCCGAAAUGAGGUCGCGGGCGGUGGACACCGAGCUGCUGCUGCUGCUGUUGGUUCUCGGAGCAGCGGAGUCGGCGCUCAGGGCUCAGCGCCGCUACACUCCGGACUGGCCGAGUGUGGACUCCCGGCCACUGCCGGACUGGUUCGACAAGGCCAAGUUCGGGGUGUUCGUGCAUUGGGGCGUGUUCUCGGUGCCGGCCUGGGGCAGCGAGUGGUUCUGGUGGCACUGGAAGGGUGAAGGAUUGUUGCAGUAUAAGCGCUUCAUGAGCGACAACUACCCUCCCGGCUUCAGCUACGCUGACUUCGGGCCGCAGUUCACGGCGCGCUUCUUCGACCCCGACGACUGGGCUGACCUCUUCCAGGCCGCUGGGGCCAAGUAUGUAGUCCUGACAACAAAGCAUCACGAAGGCUUCACAAACUGGCCAAGUCCGGUGUCUUGGAACUGGAACUCUCAGGACGUGGGGCCCCACCGUGAUUUGGUUGGUGAGUUGGGAACGGCCAUCCGGAAGAGGAACAUACGCUAUGGACUCUAUCACUCACUCUUUGAAUGGUUCCAUCCACUCUACCUACUUGAUAAGAAAAAUGGUUUCAAAACACAGUAUUUUGUGACUGCAAAAACAAUGCCAGAGCUAUAUGACCUCGUUAACAGAUAUAAACCUGACUUGAUUUGGUCUGAUGGAGACUGGGAAAGUCCCGAUACAUACUGGAACUCUACAGGUUUUCUUUCUUGGCUCUACAAUGACAGCCCAGUCAAGGAUGAGGUAGUAGUAAAUGACCGAUGGGGUUAUAACUGUUCCUGUCACCAUGGAGGAUACUACAACUGUGAAGAUAAAUUCCAGCCAUCGAGCUUGCCAGACCACAAGUGGGAGAUGUGCACCUCCAUAGACAAGAGGUCGUGGGGCUACCGUCGCACCAUGUCAAUAUCUGACAUUUCAAGUGAAUCUGAAAUCAUUUCGGAACUGGUUCAGACAGUAAGUCUGGGAGGAAACUAUCUUCUCAACAUUGGGCCAACUAAAGAUGGACUGAUUGUUCCCAUCUUCCAAGAAAGGCUACUUGCCGUUGGGAAGUGGCUACGCAUCAAUGGGGAAGCUAUCUAUUCCUCUAAACCGUGGAGGGUACAAUUGGAAAAGAACGAAUCUGUAUGGUAUACCUCCAAAGGAGCAGCUGUUUAUGCCAUUUUCCUGAAAUGGCCAGAAAAUGGAGUCUUAAGCCUUAAAUCCCCGCAAACUACCUCCAGUACACGGGUAAUUAUGCUGGGAUUCCAAAAUGAUCUGAAGUGGUCCAAAAAUCCACAUGAAGAUCUCCUCAUUUAUCUGCCCCAGUUACCACCCUCUGCUCUCCCAGUUGAGUUUGCCUGGACCAUAAAGAUGACGGGAGUGGAGUGACCAUUGGAAAUCAAGAGGAACAGGACACUGUCUGCUCUCCACUGUGUUGAUUUUCUUCUUACAGUGCCGUCAUUGCAAUAACUCCUCUUUUCCGCCCAGCGGUGGCUUUCCAACAUAUUUUAAUCAAAGGAACUGAGUGCAAUACUCUGAUGUCUCAGUGGAUCAAAGAUCGGAGAUACCUUGCCAGCAUCUCUCUCUCUCUCUCUCUCAUCAGCAGAAGAAAGAACUAAACAGUUAAGCUCUGAGUUCAUCCUUUCCUAACUUUGGAAAUUAUCUACAGUGCAACCUUCCCUCUGUUCUCUGUUUGAUAACUGGCUUACCUAACGACUUCAGAUACAAAGUAAGCCAGUUCACCUUGUUGCCUGUGGGAGGAGGUUUAAAGGGUUUGGCAAGCUCAACUACGUGCUCCUGAAGCGGCAGCAGUUGUCACCAGCUCCCCCCCCCCCAAAAGAGCAGGAGGCCUGGAAGGAAAGGAAGAGGCUUCCAAGGCUAGUAAUCAGCUCUUCAGAAGUUUCCAAAACCAACUAAGGGUUCUGCAAUUCAGUCUGUGUAUAUUCAUACUAUGAAGAAAAUGGAUGUGAUUCUGCCCUGCUUUUUAAAAUACGAUCAAAUAAAUACAUUUUUUAAAUUUA